UCGAUGUGAUCGAUGUGAUCGACCGUGUGACUCAUCAUGGUGACCCUCUGAGCUCCGGAGCUUUCAGCCGUGGUCUUCCUCCGUGUUUGUGAACUAUCAGCGACUCUUGUGUGUGUUAGCCGAGUGCUAACCGUAGCAGCUCAGUAUCCGGGAUGUGGGCCUCCUGCUGUAACUGGUUCUGUGUGGACUCGGCGGAGGUUGACGAGGCCGGCGGUGAGCGACGUCAUCAGUCGUACACCAACUCAGCGUUCAGCAACCAACCGUCACCUGAGCACACCUGCAAGGCCUGCAGGGGGCGCCUGGACCCCCCCGCCAAGAAGCAUGUGUGCGUGGACUGUAAGAAGAACUACUGCAGCCGCUGCUCCGCCCAGCUGGAGCCCCGCCCCCGCCUCUGCCACACCUGUCAGCGUUUCUACGGCAACCUGCUGGAGCGGGCGGAGCUGAUGAAGCUGAAGGUGAAGGAGCUCAGGGACUACCUGCACCUGCACGAGGUCUCCACCCACCUGUGCCGGGAGAAGGAGGAGCUGGUGGAGCUGGUCCUCGGUCAGCAGUCCCCCCCCGAGACUCCGGCCUCAGACGCCCCCUCUGGGACACCUGACCCCCCCGAGGCAUCCACCACCCCUGAACCCCUCCAACCCACCCAAACCCCUGACCCCCCCGACCUACCGCCUGAAGCGCCAACCCCACCCCCACCCACAGAGACCACCUCCACCGAGCCGGACCUGCAGGAAGAAGACCAGACCUGGGACCCUGAGGAGGUCCCGGUCUCUGGCCGCAGGGCGUCUCUGAAGGAUCUAAGCGGUCUGGACGACAUCGAGGUUCUCAGCGUUCGCCAGCUGAAGGAAAUCCUGGCCCGGAACUUCGUGGACUACAAAGGCUGCUGUGAGAAGUGGGAGCUGAUGGAGCGGGUCAGCCGGCUGUACCAGGACCAGCAAAAUCUGCUCGGUGUGAACUCUGAAAACGUCUCAGAAGGUGGCGGUGGUGGUCUAGAGGAGAACCUGUGUAAGAUCUGCAUGGACUCCCCCAUCGACUGCGUGCUGCUGGAGUGCGGUCACAUGAUCACCUGCACCAAGUGCGGCAAGAGGAUGAGCGAGUGUCCGAUCUGCCGGCAGUACGUCGUCAGAGCGGUCCACGUGUUCCGGUCCUGAACCAGCUGACCCAGGUACACCACAACCAGACGGUCGGAUGUUAAACUGUAUUUUCGCUGCAGAAGAAGAGCGUUGGAGGACUUCCUGUGUAAAUAUGAAGUGACCUCAUCAGACCAACCAGCUUUGACCUUUGACCUCUCCGUGCCUUCAGCUGCUCCGUCUGUUCAAAUGAAACUUUAUCGAGAGGACGAAACCAAAGACAGACAUGACCUCUGACCUCUGACCUCUUCACCAACAGCCUUUAGACUCUUCCUACUAAUCAAUAAUCAAUAACCAGCCGACACAAAGACUGUUUCAGUCUUUUUAAACUUUCAGAUCAAUAAAUAAAGUUUUAAUUUAUGAACAUUUAAAAUGUUUAAUCUGCUUCCACGCCGAUUGCACUAAAGGAGAAGAAGAAGGAGAAGAAGGAGAAGAAGGAGAAGAAGAAGAAGAAGGAGAAGAAGAAGAAGAAGAAGAAGGAGAAGAAGAAGAAGAGGGUUUUAAAUGGAGGGAAAAUAUUUUGUCCUUUUUUUAUUUUGUCGUUUUGUGAUCAAUAAGUUUUGAUUGUUGUGAAUAUUUUUGGUUUUUUUGGGAUCAAACUUUAACUCUGGCUGCAGACGGAGGCGGCGGAUGUCUUGACCUCCGCAGCUGACAGGAAGUCACGAUGUUUUAUAUAAAACAUUUACGACACGUUUAAAAAGAAUCGGAAACUUUCCCC